GGUUCUCAAGUAACACUGAUGUGUGAUAAUGAAAGGGGUGACCAAAAGAUGAAAAAUAGUUUGAUGAAUUUAUCAAAGAUUGAAUGACUAUUUGUUUGGACUCUAUCUCGUUACACGUGAUGGUUACUUUUAUUGAUUUUUUGAAUGAUGGUCUCAUUCACAUUGGUUUUGACCUUGGUAUAGUCUAGAAAAUGUGGCAUCGACCAAUCGGAUAACUCCUAUCCUUACACUUGCUAAUCACAUACGUUUUAAUUGUGACUAGAAUGACACGUUAUCAUUGUAUUUAAACAGGAAUCAGGACGUUAACUGUGUAAUUGAUUUCAGAAAACUUGGUGAAUUACAGAGAGCAAAUAUGUUUAGAUCACAAGUAGCAGUUGUUUGGUUUCUCUUCUUUUUCCUGGUCUGCAAUGCGGAUAUCUUUGUACAGACACUAUCUGUCCGUGUUAAGGAGUGGGAUCAAAGAAUUGAAAAGGGUUCAGCAGGAGUAUCUCUAAGGUUUUUGGAUAGAUAUUGUGCAAACGUUAUGGAUGUGGUGAAGGAAUUGGAACCAAAAUUGAGAUCUGCCACUCUGUCAUGUGAUAUCGAUCACACACAAAGGCCAGAGGAUAUCCGUGUAGACAAUAUAAAGGUUGAACUGGCAGUGUUAUCGAAUGAAAUGAAAAAACUAUUUUCAUCGGAAACGUGGUCCCCAUCGUUGAAGAAUACACUUGAAUCGGGUAAUGUGAAUGUGAACAGCGCGUGGAUAAUUGAUAUCGUUUCAGUGAGUGAUCCAACAGCCGUUGGCCGUGAAUCCUAUCUGUUCCAAAAAACCUAUCCUACGAGUUCAGUAACUACUGAUAAGUGCCCUGAGCUGAAGAUCAUUAUGUCGAAUAUAUAUACUGGAUUCGGUGAAACAAUGACGAACUGCUUCUUCGAUGUGUCGACAGGAGAUAUAAGCACGACGAUGGACUACCGAGAACUUAUGAAGAAAGGGUAUUGCUGUUCAGAGCAUAAUGUAUAUAGAAGAAUUUACUGGUCUAUUUAUGAAUUACUAUACAAGGGUGAAAGCGGUGACAAUACGAUCAAAAUAACUCAACCCGAAAUAACGAUCGACAAGAAAAAUACUACUCUCGGUCACUGUAUCUAUGCUUCGUUUCCAUCUGAUGACCCAAUCAAAUCAAAUUAAAUAAACACUGUUUUAGUCUGUAGUAAACUUAACAAUAUUCUUGAAUCACAUUCUGUAAUUUUA